AUGCCCUUCUUAUUCGCCCAAAAGGGCAGAAAAACCCACGGCAAAAGUCGGGCCUAUCUUGCUCCAUCACCAACAGAGGUCUCGCGGCUAUCCUGGCAGCUACUCCAAGACCUCGGGUACCAGACACCACCCACAAACAAGCAGUGGUUACCUCUCGAAGAAGAAAUGGGAUACAAAACCCCAAAACAGCCAGCAGGAGCACCCAAAGACACCCGAGACAUCGGGACUCUGCUCCAGCGACCCACGAGCCACAAAAUGGUGGCAGAGCCUGACAUGGAGACUGGCUCUAACUGCUCAGCAAUGAGCCCAGAGGACCAGGAGGAACAUCAACAAUCCCAAUCACAACACACUCCACAAGGUGAGGGUGAUGACAUGGCCCCGGCCACAAAGCGCGACAUCAGGCAGUUCUUACAAGAGGUUAAACAAAUGUAUGAAGCAGACUUAAACAAGGCCCGCACAGAGAUACAAGCUGUGACCACAAGAGUCCAGGCCAUGGAAGACAACAUCAUAGACUUACGCCAAGAGGUGAAUGACAUGGGGCACACCCUCCGCCAACUGCAAUCUGCAAACACAGCAGUCCAAAGAAAACUAGACACCAUAGAGAACCGCAGCAGACAAAAAAAAUUCUAA